UCCCGUUGUUCCAUUAUGGGCACAGAAAAUCAACCGUGUUCCCUUAGUGGUUGCAUACCAGUGUUUACCAGUGACAUCUCUACUGAAAAAAGUAAACAAAGUUUUUUUCUCUUGAUUUUAUGUAAAAUAACGGAAUGGAUUCUACCACGAAAACGACACCCAACUACGAUGAAGCGGCGAUUUCCCGCUGCAUGGAAUUGGUGACCACCAAGCAAAUGACUUUAUAUGCAGCCUGCAAAACUUACGGCAUUCCUCAAUCCACCGUUCGUUACCGGCUGAGCAGCAAAUGGACCACCAAAGUCAGGAAAGGACCACAAACUGUGCUCACUGAAGUAGAGGAGCAAAAACUUGUGCAAUACCUAGUUGCUAUGGAGAAGAAAGGCUUUCCCGUGGUCAAAGAUUUGCUGCUCUACAAAGUGAAAACAUUCUUCGACUCAAGUUCUCGGUCUAAUCCGUUCACGGACAAUGUUCCAGGUAAGUCUUUGAUCUCUUGAACACUGUAAUGUUAAAUUAAUUUGACUAUUGAUUGUAGGACGAAAGUGGAUGAAGGGAUUUCUUCGUCGACACCGUGAAAUCACGUUCCGUACACCAGAAACCGUUUCUUCCGCCAGCGCCAAGGUGAAGGAAGCUGAUAUUAGAGGGUGGUUUGCUAACCUCAAAUCCUACUUGGAAGAGAAUUGCCUGAUGGCAGCAGCACUGGAUCCGACCCGAAUCUACAACGGUGACGAAACGUCCUUCUUCCUACACCCGCAAACAAAAACCGUGCUUGCAAGCCGCGGUAGUAAAAAUGUGUACGAGAUCGAGCACGCUGACGGUCACAAGAACAUAACCGUAAUGUUUACGUUCGGAGCAGAUGGAUCUGUUGUGUCUCCAGGAGUUGUUCUUCCAAUGCAACGCUUAUCGGUGGAAAUUUUGCGCUCUUUUCCGGGUGAUUGGGGCGUCGGGAAGAGCCCAAAAGGAUGGAUGGAUACUACCAACUUCAUGUUGUACAUCCGAAAUGUAUUCUAUCCUCAUCUCCAGAAGAAAAAGGUUCGUUUCCCGGUACUCUAUUUCGUCGACGGUCAUUCCUCCCACACUGCCGCAGAGGUGGCUGAUUUAUGUUUGGAUUUGGGUAUCGUGUUAAUCGCAUUGUACCCAUUGUCGCCAUAUUCAAACCACUCAAGUCAGCUUGGAAAAGCGCUGUUGCGGACUGGCGGAUGGAGUACGGAGGUCAGAAUCUUUUAUUGAAGGAUUUUCCUGGAGUUCUGCAGAAAGCGAUGGAUGGUGGAAUCAAAAAACACAGUAUCACGAAUGGAUUCAGAGUUUGUGGCCUCUAUCCUUUCGGAGCCGACUACGUGGACUAUGGGAAGUGCAUCGCCAAAUCAGUGACACAACGUGGUGUCGAUCCUACCUCGGAUUGCAGUGCAUCAGAUAACGGCGAAGAAUUUGGGAACGAGCAAGCUGCAUCUGAAACGGUUGACAUAUUGCCGGAAUUGAAUCUACAGUUUGAUGCGCAGAGCAUUGUUCUGGAAGACUCUGUGAUUAUUCCUACGGCAACGGUUCAUGCUGCAAUUGAUUGCAUUGGCAGAGAUCGCAUAAAUGGAUUUGGAGAUGAUUCUAACUCUUCGGAAGAGGGAGAAAUCAUCCGGACGAUUUAUGAAAUGCUGCUGAAGCCGUUCGAUUCACAGAACACAGAAGCCGAAUGUGGAUUGCAGGAGACAUCAUUUCUGAAUACUUCCACAGCUGAAGAAGAUUCUGCAUUUGUCGAGAACGUGGAAGAGGGCUCCUUUGAAAGCGACCCACCUCACAAUCCACGAGUGCUGCAGGAUUGCAAUGGCGAUAACUUUGCUGGUCGUAAAAUGAGCAUCUCGGAAUUGCUACAGACCCCGCCAACUCCACAAAGGAGCAGCAGUCAUAGAAAUUAUAAAAGAAAAUUUCAUCCGGUUCUGACAGCAUCAGAACGACUGGAAGAAAUACGUCGUCUUGAAGAAGAGAAGGAGAACGAAGUAGUGAGAAAGAAGGCUAAAGCAGAAGAAAGAGAACUAGCGAAAAUUGAGGCUGAAAAGGUAAAGCAAGAGAAAGCAAAAGCUCGGAAGCAAAAACAAGCGGAAACCGAAAUGAGAAAAAUCGAGAGAGCAGAACUUCGAAAGCGAAAGCAGGAAGAAACUGAGCAGCGAAAGAAAAAGAAGGAGAAAGAUAAGCUGAGUAAAGUAGCGAAAGAUAAUCAACAGAAGCAACUGAAGAUGGAGCUACUGGAGGCUUUGAAACUGCAGCAGCAAAGUUAAGCUGGUAUUCAUGGGUUUUAUUUUUUUUUGUUCCUGAAUUAGAUUUUUCGUUCAUUUGUCAUCACCGAAAUAUGAAAUCAGAUUGAUUUGUUUCCUCAUAACAUUGAACAAUAUUUCAAAUAGAAAUAAAGUUAUCGAUUAGAACUAUGA